AUGGAGAUUGUUCGGUCUGCAUUGGACCACGUGAUUGACUACGCAGUCAACGUUCACUGCCUCCUAAAUCAGAAGGCGAGAAAAAAGUUAGUCGAGGAAGCCUUGACCAAUGCCGUCAACUCCAUCUGCCCUCAUACACAAGCAGGCUCUAGUAAUGAGUCAGACUUGGAUAAACUGGUGAGAUGGUCAAGGUCGAGCUACUCCAGUGCGACAAACCUUAUCGAGAAUUUUCCUCCCAAUCUCAAAUCCGAGUAUGAGACUGCGGUGGCGGCAUAUCGGCUCCACAGGAUAAUUCUUGAGUACCAAUGUCGACCAGCCUUUGUUAUAGGAUUGCUGAGGCUUGCCCGCACUGAGUCUGUUGGUUCAAAUCAGCUCGUAUGA